AAACAACACUAUGUACUGGAACUGGUUACAGAGAGUUUACAUCCCAGGAGUGUUUUCCGGAAGAUGGUACAACAGUCAAGAGGAGAAGAAAACGAUGUAUAUUGGUAAUAAACACUCUCUUCUUGUCGGCAUGGCUCGAAUAAGGCAACUCAGAGUGAAAUCGACACAGUGUAAAGUCCCGAACUAUAUCGAAGAAUGUUUCGAGGGAUACUCGAUAAAGAACGAAGACACGGCCGCGUACAAAAAACCAGGCUGGAGGCCUAUUGACAAUGCUACGAGGAAUGACGAGUUGCUACGUCUUUGCCCGAGGCCAUGGCGAUAUCAACAUGUUGAAGACACCGACACUAUACUUAGGUGGGGAAAGUUCUCCUAUUAUCAUGGAGGAGGAUUUGUAGCAGACCUCGGAUAUCAGAAUCAUACAGGAUUCAGCAUAGUAACAGAUUUACAAAAAAACAAUUGGCUUGACAGAAAAACUCGAGUGGUCAUCGCAGAGUUUUCUACGUUUAAUCCAUCAGUAAAUGUUUUAGGUGUUGCCACAUACUUCUACGAGGUUCAAACAUCUGGGCUGAAAACAGCUUCCAUGGAAACCCACAGUCUGUCAAUUGAUUCUACUGACACUUCCUCUCAUCAGUUUUAUUCGAUUUGCACGUUUCUCUUCAUUGUAUCUGUUUUUUUGUAUUUUGGGAGAGAAACCUUGAGGCUUUAUAAUCAUCGUUCUCGAUAUUUUAAGUCCAUGUGGAAUUGGAUCGAAAUAUUCCAAAUUUUUUUCUCUCUGUUUGCCGUGGUAACUUAUAUGAUACGACAGAGUAAAGUUAUUUCAAUCAUGGGCAAAGUGCAUAAAAACAUUUACGCAAAUCCAAGUUUUCAAGAAGCUAUCACUUGCCAAGAAGUAGAAAACGCCGUCCUUGGUAUCCUGAUUUUCAUCGUCACUACCAAGCUCUUGCGAAUCAUUCGCUUCAACAACCACGUUGCUCUAUUCUCCAAAACAUUGAAGAUAUCUGCACGAUCUUUGACCUCGUUUAGUUUUGUUUUUUUAAUUUUCUUUGUUGCAUUUUUGGACUUCGAUGUCGUGAUGUUUGGUUGUUUAUCUGAGCGCUACUCUUCGGUGCUAAAACGAGGCUUAUUUCCAACUUGAGCUAGCUCUUGGUCGAGUGAAAGCUAGACCGAUCAAGGAACUAGCAGAGACCAAUACCAUAUACUUCAAAGUAUUCGCGUAUCUAAU